AUGUGGUUAACGCCAUGGGUCCUAAGACCCCUCCCCCGUGCUAAGGAGAUCCUGGGUUGCCUCAUCCGCCACAUCCACGACUUCGCUCGUGAGGUCGAGCUUACCCCCGCUGAGUGGAUGAUGGGUGUUGAGUUCAUCAACUCCAUUGGUGCUAUCAGCACUCCUAUCCGUAACGAGGGUCACCGUAUCUGUGAUGUUAUCGGUCUCGAGUCUCUCGUCGAUGAGAUCGCCAACAAGAUCGUCACUGAGCAGGGUCUCUCCCCUACCUCCAACGUUAUCCUGGGUCCCUUCUGGUCUCCCAACGCUCCUUUCCGUGCUCUGGGUGACAGCAUCAUCCAGAACCCUCUCCCCAACGGUCAGGUCACCCUCAUGCACGGUGUCAUCACUGACAUGGAGACCGGUGCUCCCGUUGUCAACGCCGUCCUCGACAUCUGGCAGGCUUCCGCCAACGCUCUGUACGACUUCCAGGACCCUGAGCAGUCCGAGAACAACCUUCGCGGCAAGUUCCGCACCAACGAGAAGGGAGAGUACUACUGGUACUGCUACCACCCCACUGCCUACUCUCUGCCCACCGAUGGUCCCGCCGGUGUCCUCCUCAACGUUAUGGACCGUUCCCCCCAUGCCACCGACCCCCACCUCGACAUCGACUCCGUCUUCGCUGUCAAGGAUGACCUCGUCGUUGAGUUCAAGCCCCAGACUGCUGACCCCAAGGCCACUCUCGACCUGGAGUACAACGUUACCAUGGCUCUGAAGAAGCACCACCCCAACCCCAACUCUGCUCCUCCUGUCUCCUCUUUCGAGCGUAGCCAGAAGUCUAAGUCCUCCCUGUAA